GUACGUCCGUCGCCAGUUUCAUCACCGAUAUGAUGGUGUGUCGCGUCACAAACAUUGCGAGGUGGUAGUCGUGAGGUUAAAAGUGGAGUGGAGUGAGUUAAUAAUUGUAUUGUCCGGGAGGGUGUGAACCUGUGGAGUUCCGUCAUCAUCAGCUGCUGGCCAGCCAGGAACUGCUCAAGCUGCUGCUGCUGCUGCUGCUGAUGAUGAUGAUGAUGAUCAAGUGAUGCUGUUCUGCUCUCGCUGCUCCAGUGCUACUGUCUUGAUGCACGAAGACUGAUGCACAGUAGAUGGAAAUAGUUAUUAAUAAUCUCACUCAAUGACGAGUAGCAGAGUUGGACGGAGCAAGUGAGAGAGAAUAGAUCGCCCGCCGUCAGCCACCCAUCAUGGAAGACGCGCAUUGCUAUCCCGUCGAGGACAUCCUCCAGAAAUUCGGCGUCAAUCAAGAGACCGGCCUCACCGACCACCAAGUCAAGGAUUACCAGGCGAAAUAUGGCCCCAACGAGUUACCGGCUGAGGAGGGCAAGAGUCUGCUACAGCUCAUCCUGGAGCAGUUCGACGACUUGUUAGUUAAAAUCCUCCUCCUCGCUGCCAUUAUUUCCUUCGUCCUGGCGUGUUUCGAGGAAGGUGAAGAAACGGUCACCGCCUUCGUGGAGCCCUUCGUCAUCUUGCUUAUCCUGAUCGCUAACGCCAUCGUGGGCGUGUGGCAGGAACGCAAUGCCGAAUCGGCCAUCGAGGCGCUGAAGGAGUACGAACCCGAGAUGGGUAAAGUGGUGCGUGCCAAUAAGGCCGGCGUGCAGAAGGUCCGUGCCCGAGAGAUCGUCCCUGGAGACGUAGUAGAGGUCUCCGUUGGAGACAAGAUUCCUGCUGACAUUCGUCUUAGCAAGAUCUAUUCCACGACCCUACGUAUUGACCAGUCUAUCCUGACUGGAGAAUCAGUUUCUGUCAUCAAGCACACCGAACCCAUUCCUGACCCCAAAGCUGUCAACCAGGACAAGAAGAACAUCCUAUUCUCGGGCACAAAUGUAUCUGCUGGCAAAGCUCGGGGUAUUGUCAUUGGUACUGGUCUCGCAACUGCUAUUGGUAAGAUCCGAACCCAGAUGGCUGAGACUGAGGAAAUCAAAACUCCCCUACAACAGAAGCUUGAUGAGUUUGGUGAACAGUUAUCCAAGGUUAUCUCUAUCAUCUGUGUUGCUGUCUGGGCUAUCAACAUUGGACACUUCAAUGAUCCUGCUCAUGGUGGAUCAUGGAUCAAGGGUGCUAUUUAUUACUUCAAGAUUGCUGUUGCCCUGGCUGUUGCUGCCAUUCCUGAAGGUCUCCCCGCUGUCAUUACUACUUGUUUGGCUCUUGGUACUCGCCGUAUGGCCAAGAAGAAUGCCAUUGUCAGAUCUCUUCCCUCUGUUGAAACUCUAGGAUGUACUUCUGUCAUCUGCUCUGAUAAGACUGGUACACUCACCACCAACCAGAUGUCUGUGGCCCGUAUGUUCAUUUUGGACAAGGUAGAGGGAAAUGACUGCUCUCUGCUAGAGUUUGAGGUUACUGGCUCCACUUAUGAACCUAUUGGUGAUGUUUAUUUAAAAGGUUCUAAGGUGAAGGGCUCUGACUUUGAGGGACUGCAGGAACUGGCCACUAUUUCUUUAAUGUGUAAUGAUUCUUCUAUUGACUAUAAUGAAUUCAAGAAUGUCUUUGAGAAAGUUGGUGAAGCAACUGAGACUGCUCUUAUUGUCCUUGGUGAGAAGAUCAAUCCAUACAAUAUGUCUAAAUCUGGUUUGGAUCGCCGCUCUGCUGCUAUCAUUGCUAAGCACGACAUGGAGACAAAAUGGAAAAAAGAAUUCACUCUGGAGUUCUCACGUGACAGAAAAUCCAUGUCUUCAUAUUGUGUUCCCCUCAAACCUACACGUUUGGGAACCGGACCUAAGAUGUUCUGCAAGGGAGCCCCUGAGGGUGUCCUUGAUCGCUGCACCCAUGUCCGGGUUGGCACUCAGAAGGUCCCUCUUACUGCUGGAGUGAAAGAGAAGAUCCUCUCUGUUACACGUGACUAUGGCUGUGGUCGCGAUACUCUUCGCUGUCUGGGCCUUGCUACAAUUGAUAGUCCAAUGAAGCCUGAAGAUAUGGAUUUGGGAGAAGCUAGUAAAUUCUAUACCUAUGAAGUUAAUAUGACCUUCGUUGGUGUGGUUGGUAUGCUUGAUCCACCACGUAAGGAAGUUCUCGAUUCCAUUAAAAGAUGUCGUGAUGCUGGUAUCCGUGUUAUAGUCAUUACUGGAGAUAACAAAGCAACAGCUGAGGCCAUCUGCCGUCGUAUUGGUGUUUUUGGAGAAGAUGAAGACACAGUUGGCAUGUCUUACUCUGGUCGUGAGUUUGAUGAGCUUUCUCCUCAAGACCAGAGCAGAGCUGUUAUGCGUUCCCGCCUCUUCUCUCGAGUGGAGCCCUUCCACAAGUCAAAGAUUGUUGAAUAUCUUCAAGGAGAGAAUGAGAUCUCAGCUAUGACUGGUGAUGGUGUGAAUGAUGCUCCAGCUCUGAAGAAGGCUGAAAUUGGCAUUGCUAUGGGUUCUGGAACAGCUGUGGCCAAGUCUGCCUCUGAAAUGGUACUUGCUGAUGACAACUUCUCCUCCAUUGUGGCUGCUGUAGAAGAGGGUCGUGCUAUUUACAACAACAUGAAGCAGUUCAUCCGCUACCUCAUUUCCUCCAACAUUGGUGAGGUUGUGUCCAUCUUCCUCACUGCUGCACUUGGUCUUCCAGAGGCUCUCAUCCCUGUCCAGCUUCUGUGGGUCAACCUGGUAACUGAUGGCUUGCCUGCUACUGCCCUGGGCUUUAAUCCCCCAGAUCUCGAUAUCAUGGACAAGCCUCCCCGCAAAGCUGACGAGUCCCUCAUUUCUGGCUGGCUCUUCUUCCGCUACAUGGCCAUUGGUGGUUAUGUGGGAGCAGCCACCGUCUUUGCUGCAUCAUGGUGGUUCAUGUAUGAUCCUACUGGCCCUCACUUGAGCUACUACCAAAUUUCUCACCAUCUGUCUUGCCUCGGUGAUCCUGAGAACUUUGAGGGACUGGACUGCGGCAUUUUCAGUCACCCUGCUCCCAUGACAAUGGCUCUCUCUGUGCUGGUCACCAUUGAAAUGCUCAACGCUCUUAACAGCUUGUCUGAGAACCAGUCGCUGCUGGUGAUGCCUCCCUGGGUCAACUUUUGGCUGCUGGCGGCUAUGGCCCUCUCCAUGACCCUCCAUUUCAUCAUCCUCUACAUUGAUAUCCUCAGUACUGUGUUCCAGGUGAUGCCACUGUCAGUGCCCCAGUGGAUUGCUGUCUUGAAGAUUUCCUUCCCUGUAUUGCUGCUGGAUGAGACUCUAAAGUUCGUCGCUCGUAAUUACACCGACGGUGAGAACCCACUGUUUUCGUGCCACUGGAUUGUGCUAGCCUGGGCUACCUAUCUUGUCUAUAUCAAGAUUUAUUUCUUUUAACCUCAGUCACCACCUUAACAUAAUGUGCUGUCGGGAAUCAGACCCGUGAUAUUUUGAAAACUUUAAAAAGACUUAGUAGAGAGCAAGACAAACAUUGUGAUUAGACUUGGACAGAAUUUUCUCACUUUGAGGAGGUUUGUUCAAAUGAGCCUCUUCAUUCAGAGAUAUUCAACUUUUUACAAUGUUUUAUGUGCUACUUGAGCACUGUUGUGCUCCCGCUCACUGAAAGGUACAAGUGGGACUGGAAGACUCAGGGUGUGUGACAUGAGUCUUGAAAGUCGGACAAGUGUUGUUGCCCCUAAUUACACCAUGUGAAUCAGCUAUUGUUGCUGCUGUGGCUGCCAGCUGCCACUGCUGUUUGCUGCUGUUACCACUGCUGUUUGCUUAAGUUGGGGGCAGUGUGAGUGUCGAGUAUAUUGUACAUAAAAUAGUGCUGAGAGUUGACACAAAUAUAAGACAUUUGACCACCUGUCCCAAGAUGGUGGCUGAGACUGCCAGACCAAAGCUCCUGCAGAACUGAAGGCAGACAGUUUGUUUAACUAGAUACCUGCCCAUACUCCAUUCAUGUUAAAGUUUAUGAUGGCAGAUUCAUGGAACUGGGAUCAGAUAUAAAGAUUCAUCAUACAUUUUUUUUGACAGGAUUGUUGGUUAAAUUUACAAACUAAUGAUCAGCAUUAAUGGGAGUGAAUGCAUGCUUGUGGGAUACAUGAUUUAUCAACAACCAUAACUAAAUUAAAAAACAGUACAUUUUUAUAAAUAAUUUUUUGAUGAAAUUAUGAAAUGGUAUUUUUUAGGGUAAAUCUAGUGAGACAUUUGAAGUAGAAAGUUUUUUAAAUUUGUGCCUUCAUUUGAUUUGGUGGCAUCUGGGCCCUGCCUCUCCACCACCUCCCUUCUCCCAGCAUGCCAUCGUAUCCUACCAAGAGCAUUUGGAUGGUUCACAUCUUGUAGAUGUACAUUAAAAGUAUUCCCUAGUAGUGUGUAGUGUAAGGUCAUUGCAGUUUGUAAUAACAUGUGGAUAUGUGCAAUGGAUAAUGUUUUUUUAUACAUAUCUUUUUUGGUGCAUUUUGACAUUUUCUUUCCUGAUUGGUAUCAUUCGUUCAUUCUUAGAAGUUGACCUUCUGAAAUCAUGCGUGUUCAGAGUUAUCUAAGAAUCUUUGGUAUGUGCACAUGAUCGUUUUUUAUCCUGAAUGAUGUGGCCAGGAAGUCACAGUUAUUGCAAAUGUUAUUUUUUAUUCUGCAUAUGUAUAGUCACAAGAUAACUAUGAGUAAUUGCAAAAAAACAUUAAAAUAAACUAUGCCUUCAUUACCCAUUGCAUCUUUGGAACUUUAUUCACAAGAAAUCUUUUGAAGACUUUUAUUUAUGGACUGCGAGGUUGAGGUGUUUGCAUGGCAUAUUUGUUUCUUUGAGAGAUUUUGAGAGAUUUUGGAAUAAAUUCAUCCUAGUUC